AUGGCCGACCUUCCUACCACCUUCGACCGCCCCGUCCACAUCGCCGUAAUCGGCGGCACCGGUCUCGGCAAGCUCGAGGGCUACACGCCCGUCGCCGCCCUGAACCCGACGACGCCGUGGGGCCAGCCGGCCUCCCCGAUCAUGAUCCUCGAGCACGCCGGCGUGCCCAUCGCCUUCCUCGCCCGCCACGGCCUGCACCACCAGUUCGCGCCGCACGAGGUGCCCGCCCGCGCAAACAUCGCCGCCCUGCGCUCCAUCGGCGUCCGCUGCGUCAUCGCCUUCUCCGCCGUCGGCUCCCUGCAGGAGGAGAUCAAGCCCAUGGACUUCGUCGUCCCGGACCAGGUCAUCGACCGCACCAAGGGCAUCCGCCCUUUCACCUUCUUCGAGGGCGGCGUCGUCGGCCACGUCGGCUUCGCGGACCCCUUCGACAAGCGCCUGGCUGAGGUCGUGAAGAAGUGCGCCGCGCACAUGCAGGGCGACGGCGUCGUGCUCCACGACAAGGGAACCAUCAUUUGCAUGGAGGGCCCCCAGUUCUCAACCCGCGCCGAGUCUCACAUGUACCGCUCCUGGGGCGGCAGCGUCAUCAACAUGUCCGCCCUCCCCGAGGCCAAGCUCGCGCGCGAGGCCGAGAUGGCCUACCAGAUGAUCUGCAUGGCCACCGACUACGACUGCUGGCACUCGUUCGAGGACGUCGACGUCGCCAUGGUCAUGAAGUACAUGGCCGCCAACGGCGAGAACGCCAAGCGCCUCGUCGGCGGCGUCCUCGACGAGCUGGCCAAGCAGGAGCACAGCGAGAUGGUCCUGGCCAAGCACUGGGAGGGCGCGUCCCAGGGCGCCGUCAAGUUCAUGACCAAGCCCGAGGGUCGCAACCCCGAGGCCAUGAAGAACGUCGAGUUCCUGUUCCCCGGCUUCUGGAACUAA